UGGUGGUGCGGUGCGAAGGGAAGUUUCAUUCAGAACGUGUGGGCGACAGGAUGGCGGGAUUGCGGUGUACGGCGGUGGUUCGAUUCUAUAAAAGGAAGUGACGGUAAGCAUUCAUCGUUACUCUCUUCAUAGAUGUCGAAUUGUUCAGUCUAAAAAUAGAAAACGAGAAAAGGAAGAAGGAAAAUUAUAGAAAAAAAACUCAAAUAAAUUAUUUUGUGUGUUCUGUAUGUGUGACUCGAAUUUUGAAGUGGUGAGAUUUAUAAAUAGAAAUACGGUUUUCCUCACACAGUGAGUGGAAGUGACAAAGAAGAAACAGAACCGAACAACAACAAAAUAAUAUCGGGAUUAAAGCCCGGAUCUGACUACGAAUAAACUAACAUAUUGUGUACAUAUUUAUUGGAUUAAUUUUGACAACAUUAUUAAAAGACACGUCAACAAUGUUCAUUACAUUAAGCCUUGUAGCUGUACUAAUUGCACCAAUAGCAUCGUUUUCCUAUCCUGUCUUCGGAACCAAACGCUACCACAGAGCCAUAAAUGCGAAUAAGGGAAUAAUGCCGGUCUACAGUGCACCCUACUACGAUGAACCCAUUCUAGCACCAACGUUUCCACGAUAUCCAUCGGAUACCAGCAAUUACUACUACGUACCCAGACGGGAAUCUCAAUACUAUGGUCUUCCGACUUAUCGCGGUGAAUACAAGCCGACACAAUAUUAUUACGCGCAUAGUCCUAGCUAUUAUGAUGAUCGAUCGGAUCAGGCGAAUCCGCUGGAUGAUCUGCAUGAGGAAAUGCUGCACGAAGAUCAACGAGAUCGGCUUAGAGAUUAUUCAAUUGGUCAGGAAACGUGGUACGAGAAUCCAGCUGCUGCCAGGCAGGACAAGUUAACAAAUGUUUUCUUAAAGAAUUUGAUUGCCUACAACAAGGAACAGCUGAAUGAAGAGCCCGAAUUGGAUGAUGGUCAGAAUGGGGAAUUCGAUGAAUACAGUGACGGAAACGAUGCUGAGUAUUACGAUCAACCCAGUAACAACAAUUUGAACAUCAGAAAAUACAGCAACCAUCAGCAGCAGCAUCAAAAUAGUUUUAAGGAAAAUGAGGACAAAGAUGUGAUGGAUUUGAAUUCGUUGGCCGCAAACUCUUACAACAAAGAACCAAUAUCCCAGUCAAACUAUCCAGACUAUCAGCAAGACUUCAGUAACACGUACGAAGAAGAAGAUCCCGAAUACGAUGACGACACUUGGAUCAAUUGGUCGAGCAAACGAAGUGGCGGUAAUGCCGAUCAACCGAUCAAACCGAUUGGUUUGGCAACAUUUAGCGACCGAAAACCAUCGACGGAACAGCAUCUUCACAAACCAAUCGUUUCGGUGCCCACAACCAAACAAGCACCGUCAAAACCAUCAUCAGCUGAAACUACCACAACAGCUCAGCACAACGACAAUGCGAAAGGUAGUAAGACCGGACAAAAGGAAAUUGUUUUGCCGCGGCCAGCUACACCGGUACGAACUCCAUUUUCCGAACCAUUGAUGGAAAUGUUGACCCAUAAUGCCAUUCAUGAUAAGCGGCAAGUUCCGGGUAACUCUAAAACAAAAUCACCGUCAACUGUUUACGACACCAUUCGACAGUUGCUGGCCAUGGAACAGAAUUUGGACAAGACUGCCACAGAAACGAAAGUCCAGAAACGGUUUGUAUCGAAUGAAGAAUCGCUAGUCCAUCAACUAAAUGGUCUAAGAGAAUCAAAAAAAGUUUAAAUGAAAAAGACCGAGUGAAACUAACCGGGGAUUUGACUAUAUUGCAAGGAAAAAUAUCGUUAUAAAUCAUUGAACAUUUUUAUUUUUAAUUAAUGAACAUACCAGACUUUAAUGAAUGAUAAAUACCAGUAAGCGAAAUAUGUUUGUUAAUUAAAAAGACUAAAACCGAUGAAAUAAAAUAAAAAUAAAAUCUGGAGACUGAGAAUGUAAAUAAACAAAAAAAAAAUAUUUUUUAAAUUAUUCUAUGCACAGACCGUGAGACAAAGAACUAAUAAAAUAAAUGUUUGUUUCCAACUAAUUAUUCCUUUCUUGGAUUAUUUCAAUUUCCCUUUUUAUCUGGAGAGUGAUCAGAUCAGCAUGAUAGGAAAAAGUUUUAUUCUCCUUUCUUAUAUCUUCAACAUGUAGGAAGUAAAGAAUCUUGUCCUAUUUUAGGACCGUACACAAAGGACGUCUCGAGAGAAAUUACAGGGAAGUUUAGAAAAGUGUCACACUAAAAAAAUAUGAAAAUAGCAGCCGACGUCCUUUGUGUACGAUCCCUUAGUUUGAGUCACAUCAAGUCUAAUUUAAAAAUUUCCAAGAAAAUUUCGAUUUGCGGAGCUUUUAAUUUUCUCAAAGUAUAUUGCGAAAAUGAAUCGGUAUAUUUCAGCAAAAGUAAACUUUUAUUCUAACUCUAAGUCCAUGGCUGGCCAAAGGCCCUUCGGAUGAUGAAUGACGAACAUUUUUAAAAGACUUUUCGUUCAAACAAAAAAAAAAUUGAAAAGCUCUUCGGGCAUCGUCCGGAUGUUUAUGGAACCAUAAGACCUAUAAGGCCUGAAAUUGCUUCAAAUUCUGAUAAUAUUCUUUCCAGAUUUUUUUAAAGAAAUUUAUUUACCUCAAAAUUCUGAGCGUAUUUCUGUAUUUGAUAUGGGAAUGGAAGACAAUGCUCACCAAAAUGUUUAGAAUCAAUUUUCGAUCGUUUAUGUUUUUUUUUAAGUUUAUUUCACGAGGGACCUAAACCCCAAAACUUUUAUAGAGUAGAUUUAAACAAUGAAAUUAUAACCAUCUCGGACAAUUGAAACAGACCCUUCCACUGGCAGCUAAAUAUUCAUAUGAAUAAAAUUGAUUGUCUAAAAAUAUUGAUAAAAAUAAAGGUAUUUAACCGUACUGUAAAUAGCAAAUUAUAAAAUUAAAAUAUGAAAUAAAAGAAAAAUAUUGAAUAAUCAAAUCAACUGCAUGACAUAAAAAAAAUCUUUCAGUUUCAUUCUAUCAAUAAAAUGAAAAGAUAGACAAAAAAAUGUUUAUUUUCUUCUGCAUUCUUUAGAAUAAUAAUUUUAAAAAAAAUCAUUAAAACAAAAGAAUGAGUUCGAAGUUUAAAAGCAUAACAGUCUACGAAAAAAGAAAAAUUAAAAAAAUAAUUAUUGUGAUAAAUCAAUAGCCAAUUCAGAAAUCAUAUUAAAAUUGAAGGAAACGAUGAAUAAACAAUUAAAAAAAUUUAAAAAUCAACAACAAAAAGAGAUCAAGGACUGUAUGUAGUUAUAUUUUAUACAUUUAAAAAUUUGUAGCUUAAAGAAGGUGGAGAGUUAAUUGGGAUGAAUAUUGGAAAUGAGGAGGAAAAAAUUGAGAUAUAGAGAAAAUAAAAAAAUAAAACAUUUCAGUCAGAUUAAAUUUGCACAAUUUUUUUUUUAAAUUUAUUUAUUAAUGCUUCUUCUAUCUAAAUUUCCGGUUUGAUCUUUUAGAAUCGUUAGAACACGAAGCUCAUUUAUUAUUAUUUCCUCUAAAUCCGUCAAACUUUACAUUGACACACUUUAAUAAAUAAUUUUGUGAAUCUUUUAGUUUUAACAGCUUCAUUCAUUUUCGUUUCGAUCUUUUAACAGUUUUUUGCUCAACGUGGAAAUGAUUAAUAAAAAAAAAUCGAAAAUGUUAAUGAAUUUAGAACGAGGCGUCAAAAGUACCUUUGAAAAAUAAUUAAAUUGUUGUGUAACACCACUAUACUGAAUGGUAAAUGGUGAUGAUGCAGUUUACAGAUGUUGUACGACUACGCUUUUCAUUGAAAAAAAAUUAUUAAAGAAAAAAAAAUCAAUUUUGUUUUCCUUUUGCCAAAAGAACCAUUAAAAUUUAAAAUUAAAUUCCAUAAUCAGAUCUAACGGAAUCAAUUAAACAAUUAAAUAUGACAAUUAUAAACGCUAACGAAUAUAGAAACUACAUAAAUGGAUUGGAUACAUUUAACUACAUGUACCUAAAAUUUAAA